CAACCAACGACCAGGGGCGACGACGACCGACCGACGAACUACCCAAACGACAAAUUUUGCCACGACGAUAACCGGACGCAAUGGUUUCUACUAGAUUGACCUAUAGACGGAGGAAUCCGUACAAUACUCGCAGCAAUAGGGUCCGUGUUAUUAAAACUCCCGGGGGAAAGCUUCGCUACCUUCACAUUAAGAAGAGAGGGAGCCCACCGAAAUGUGGUGACUGUGGGAUUAAACUUCCUGGCAUCCCCGCUCUCCGUCCUCGUGAAUACUCCCAAGUGUCCAAGCCUACCAAGACCGUCCAGCGUGCCUACGGUGGAUCUCGUUGUGCAAAUUGUGUAAAGGACCGCGUUGUCCGUGCGUUCUUGAUUGAGGAGCAGAAGAUUGUGAAGAAGGUUCUCAAGGAGGCCGCUGCGAAAAAGCGCUAAAAAUGGAAACUAAAACUGGGUGUUUCUCUCUUUUUCUUGUGUCCUUUUUUCGGUUGUGGGUAUCUUUAAAUAAAUGCAGAUCCUUCUUCAUUGUGGAGAGAUCUUGAGUGAA